AUGGUUUAUCCUGAUACUUUUGAUGGGUUUAUGGUUAACUCACACGAGAAAUGGAGCGACUUUCGGAAAGAAGAGUUCAAGCCCAAGCCUCUUGAUGAGUGGGAUGUUGAAAUUGCUAUUGAAGCUUGCGGUGUGUGUGGAAGUGAUGUGCACACUCUUACAGGGGGCUGGGGCCAAGCCAAAUUACCUGUAUGUGUAGGACAUGAGGUAGUCGGAAAAGUAGUUGCCCUUGGCCAGAAGGCCACCACUGUCAAAAUUGGUGAUCGUGUUGGUGUCGGUGCACAGGUUUACGCCUGCCUCAAAUGCAAAGUGUGCAAGUCGGGUAAUGAGAAUUAUUGCCCUCACCAAGUUGACACCUACAACUGCUACUACCCUGACAAUUCAAUGGCGUAUGGCGGAUACUCCAGUCACAUUCGUGCCCAUGAAUACUUUGUCUUCUCAAUUCCAGACAGCAUUGAGUCAAGCAUUGCAGCGCCUAUGCUUUGUGCCGGUAUCACGUCCUACAGCCCUCUGUCGCGUGCUAAGAUAGGACCCGGAAAAACCGUUGGAGUGGUUGGAAUUGGCGGCCUCGGCCAUUUCGGUAUUCUGUUUGCGGCGGCUAUGGGAGCUGAUGUCUAUGCUAUUUCGCAUUCGCCGGGCAAAGAGGCGGAUGCAAAGGCUCUCGGUGCCAAGGGUUUUAUCAGCACAAAGGGGAAGGACUGGAACGUGCCUUUCAAGAAUACCUUUGACUUCAUCCUCAACACAACCGACGCAACAGAUCGCUUCGACAUUUCCGCUUAUUUCAGCAUCCUGACUAUUAACGGCAACUUCCAUACUGUUGGAAUCUCUGACAAGGCGUUCCCACCCUUGCGAACGCAGGAUAUGAUGGGCAACGGCUGUUCAAUCUCUGCUAGUCACAUUGGAAGCAGAGAGGAAGUUCAGGCGAUGCUCCAGCUAGCUGCAAAACUCAACAUUAAGAGGUCAGUUUCAUCUUUCAUGUUUGAUUAUGCCGGGUAUUUCAGAGCUGACAAUUGCAGUUGGGUUGAAACAAUCGAUAUUAGUGAGGACGGAUGCAAAGCUGCAGUCGAGAAAGUCUUCAACGGGAAGGCAAAAUACCGAGUGACACUUGUUGGGUAUGACAAGGUAUUUGGUACUAGGGCUUGA